UUCAGAAGUAGGAAAUUUGAUAGCAAAAUCGUUAACGUAUUAUUUUACUGAAAAAUUAAGUAAUUUAUUUAUAAAUUCUAUGAAGACUUUUGCAGAGAAUAGAAUAAAGAGACUUUUUCUAUGCGGUUAUAUUUUUAUAACCGACACUCCCGGUCAGGAAAGAUAGGAAGAGUCUAAUUUUCAAGAUAAUCUUUACCGAGCUAUGGAACUAGUCGUCUUUUCCAUUUCCGGAAAAAUCAUAAAAAAGAGAACAUUCUUCCUGAGGAAUAGAUCUAUUAAAUGAGAUCAUAUAGUAUUGCUUUAAUAUCGCCAGCCAAGGUUAGCUGGAGGAUAAUUGUAUAUAGUUUUUUACUACUUGCAAUAAAUAUGAUGAUUACAGUAAAUGCUACUUGUGAUGAAGAACUUGGUAUGGGAAGUGGAAAGAUUACUGAUGGUCAAAUAAAAGCUAGUUCUUAUUAUUCUCCACCAGUAAAACCACAAUUUGCAAGGUUAAAUGCUGAGAGGGAAGGAGGAGCAUGGUGUCCUAGAAUUGAAGUUGAUAAGGAUAGCUUUGAAUGGCUUCAAAUAGAUUUUACAGAAUUGAAUGCUAUAACAGCGACAGCAACCCAAGGUAGACAUUACAAAGGUCAUGGACAAGAGUUUACAAAUAGUUUCUACCUCCAAUAUAGAAGAUUAUCGAGCGAAUCAUGGAAGAAUUAUACAAAUGAAAGGGGACAAAAAUUGUUGAAAGGAAAUUCGGACGUUUAUUCAAUUAAUAAGAAUUUUCUUCAUCCACCAAUUAUUGCUCGUAGCGUUCGAUUUGUACCAUUUUCCAACGAAAGGAGAGUGGUUUGUAUGAGAGUGGAAUUAUACGGUUGCAUUUGGAAAGAUGCAUUGCUCUCUUACUCUAUUCGGCGGGGGGACAAAAGAGGUGAUAUUGAGCUUAUAGAUUAUACUUAUGAUGGUAUUUUAGAUAAGGUAUAUCUGAGAAAUGGACUGGGUCAAUUGGUUGAUGGAGAGUAUGGUAUAAAAAACUUUCGGAAUUGGAAUGAAAGGAUUAAGAUAAAGGGAUAUCCCUGGGUUGGUUGGAAAAGAAUGAUUGAUUCUAAUUGGUUGCAAAUAAACUUCCAGUUUGACUCUUUAAGAAAAUUCUCAUCUGUAACGAUAACUUCCAAUCAUAAUCCUAAUAAGAGAAUAUCUCUAUUUAAAGAAAUUCAAAUCUAUAUAAAUAACUCGAAACAUCAGCUUUUAUCUAAGCCUAUAAUAUAUAAGACCAAACUUCAGGACCAAAAUUCACGUAUAAUCAACACAACAAUAAAUUUAGAUAAUCAAGUUGGAAAUUCCGUCCUUAUGAAAUUAUCAUUUGGUUUAAAAUGGAUAUUAAUAAGUGAAAUAAAAUUUCAAUGCGAAGAUGCUAAUGACUUUUUAAUAAAAAAUAUCACCAGUACCAAUUUAAGGCAAAUUAAGAAUAAAAGUCAUCAUAAAGUUAUUAUUGCUUGUAUGUUAAGUACUUUUAUGGCAUUAUUUAUAGUAUUUUUGGCAAUAUAUUUGACAAAACGUCAUCGUUGUAAGAAUGUCAAAAGAAACAAGCAAGAUCGUCAUAUAAAUUCAAACGUUUUAUCGGAUAAUCCAGCGCUGACAGAGAGAUGGGCAAGAGAUAAUAUCGAUGAAGAGUUUCCCAUCUAUUCAGAUAUUGACCUUCAUUUAAGAGGGGAAUCGUCACCCAUAGUUAUUUGUCCUCAUUCAGUCGUUUUAUCUGAGGAAAAUAAGACUAAUGAAGAGGACGUGGAUAACUUUGAAAGAGAGAAUAUAGUGAUCAAUCAGUUGAAGGUUUUAGAUGAGAAUUUCAUGGCUAAAGUAGAUAAAAUCGGCGAGUGCCGUUCUAUUGAGAUAUUCGUGGAAGAUUUAAGUAGUAGGAGUAUUGAUGAGCCAUUUCAAAUAAUCGUUAAAUGUCUAAGAGAAGAAGUGAAUAUUAACCAAAGAAUACAUCUCCUAAGAGAUAUUUCUACGUUACGAUCUCUAGAUCAUUCAAAUAUACUAAGAUUAACCGGAUUAAUAAAAAGAGGGGAAAGAAUUAUUGGAACGUUCACUCAUUGCAACAACUACAGAAAUCUUCAGGAUUUUCUUCAGGAAAAUGAGUUUACUCCUGGGAAAAAUUCAAUUAGUUAUGGAGCAUUACUAUAUAUAUCGUGUCAAUUAUCUUCAUCGUUGGAGUACUUGGAAUCUGUUCAAAUUGUUCAUGGUGACGUUGCAUGUCGAAACUGUUUAAUUGAUUCAAAUUAUACAGUUAAAUUAUCAGAUUAUGCAAUAUAUCUAUAUAAAUUUAAAACGAAUUAUAUACAAAUAAAUGGAAAGUAUUACGCAAUAAGGUGGACUUCUUGGGAUACGGCCUUAUUGAAUGUAUUCUCAUCGAAAUCGGACGUUUGGUCAUUCGCAGUAGCACUAUGGGAAAUUUUAACACUUUGCAAACAAUUACCUCUUCACGACUUAACUGAUGAGCAAAUUAUGGAAAAUUUAACAGCAAUCUACUUGGAAAGAAGCCAAAAAAUAUACCCUAACCAACCGGCCAGUUGCCCCAAAGAAAUUUACGAUCUAAUGAUGGAAUGUUGGAAAACUUCUCCCACAACCAGGCCUAAUUUCAUCGAUAUUCAUAACUUUUUGCAUAAGAGACACGACGGUUAUCGAUUAUCAUGCUAACAGAUGGUCUACGAUUAUAGAUGUAUUAUUUUAUAUAUAGCCUAUUACACGUUUUACAUAUAAAUUUCUUUUAGAUGUGUAAACUAUAAAAAUUGUAAAUACUAUAUAUUUCUUUUAUAUAUUCGAAUAUAAUUUAUUGAUUAUAUCAUAUAGAGCGA